AAUAAAACAAGACCGAUUAUUGACACAAAGACCAAGCAGGAUAUAGCUCAACAACCUGUUGACAAUGAAAUUCUUAACGUGCUUCCAAGAAAAAAAGUUGUUUUGUCAAGGCUGCCAGUAUUG